AUGGCGACUGAGCGUGAGAGCAAGACUUUCCUCGCCCGGCUGUGCGAACAGGCUGAGCGCUACGAUGAGAUGGUUACGUACAUGAAGGAAGUCGCUAAGGUCGCCGGUGAACUCACCGUUGACGAGCGCAACCUUCUGUCCGUCGCCUACAAGAACGUCGUUGGUACCCGACGCGCGUCGUGGCGCAUCAUCUCCUCAAUCGAGCAAAAGGAAGAGUCCAAGGGCACCGAGAAGCACGUUGGCACCAUCCGUGACUACCGCCAGAAGAUCGAGACCGAGCUCGAGCAGGUUUGCCAGGAUGUCCUAAACGUCCUCGACGACUCCCUCAUCCCCAAGGCCGAGUCCGGCGAGUCCAAGGUCUUCUACCACAAGAUGAAGGGAGACUACCACCGUUACCUUGCUGAAUUUGCUUCCGGUGAGAAGCGCAAGGUUGCCGCCACUGCUGCACACGAGGCCUACAAGACGGCCACCGAUGUUGCCCAGACUGAGCUCACACCCACGCACCCCAUCCGUCUCGGACUUGCCCUGAACUUCUCGGUCUUCUACUACGAGAUCCUGAACUCGCCCGACCGUGCUUGCCACCUUGCCAAGCAGGCCUUCGACGACGCCAUUGCCGAGCUCGACUCGCUCUCUGAGGAGUCUUACCGCGACAGCACCCUCAUUAUGCAGCUCCUCCGUGACAACCUCACUCUCUGGACGUCAUCAGACGGCAACGAGGGCGAGGGUGCCGCUGCCGACGCGCCCAAGGACGAGGCCAAGCCCGCCGAGGACGCAGCAGCUGCAACCGAGGCCAAGCCUGAGGAGACACCUGCUGCCGCCGCUUAA